AUUGAUCUGAAGGACAAGUUUCAAAAUAUUGGUGCCAAACUGGUACAAGAUGUUGCCAACAACACCAAUGAGGAAGCAGGUGAUGGUACCACAACAGCCACUGUACUUGCAAGGGCCAUUGCAAAGGAAGGUUUUGAAAGAAUUAGCAGAGGUGCAAAUCCUGUUGAGAUUAGAAGAGGUGUAAUGUUGGCUGUUGAUGCUGUUGUUGAGCAUUUGAAAAAAAUGUCAAGGCCAGUAACGACACCAGAGGAAAUUGCACAGGUGGCCACAAUAUCUGCGAAUGGUGACAAGUCAAUAGGUGAUUUAAUUUCCAGUGCAAUGAAGAAAGUUGGAAGGGAUUGUGUUAUUACAGUCAAGGAUGGAAAGACACUCAAGGAUGAACUAGAAACCAUUGAGGGCAUGAAGUUUGACAGAGGCUACAUUUCUCCUUAUUUUAUGAACACUGCUAAGGGUGCCAAAUGUGAAUUCCAAGAUGCACUGGUGCUACUUAGUGAAAAAAAGAUCUCAAGUAUUCAGUCAAUUAUUCCAGCAUUGGAACUAGCCAAUCAAGCUCGUAAACCAUUGCUUAUUGUGGCUGAGGAUGUUGAUGGAGAAGCUCUUAGCACAUUGGUUUUAAACAGAAUUAAAGUGGGACUUCAGGUAUGUGCUGUUAAAGCACCCGGAUUUGGGGACAACAGAAAAAACACACUGCAGGAUAUGGCUAUUGCCACUGGUGGUGUGGUUUUUGGAGAUGAUGAAAUCUGUACAAUGGAAGAUGUUCAAAUGCAAGAUUUUGGUAGUGUCGGAGAAGUGUCAGUAACUAAAGAUGACACAUUGUUGAUGAAGGGUAAGGGUAAUAAAACAGAAAUAGAUAAACGUAUUGCUCAGAUCAAGGAUGAAAUAGAAAUUAGUACUUCUGAUUACGAGAAAGAAAAGUUCAGUGAGAGAUUAGCCAAACUUUCAAAUGGAGUUGCAGUUUUAAAGAUCGGAGGAACAAGUGAAGUGGAAGUGAAUGAGAAGAAAGACAGAAUCAAUGAUGCUUUAAAUGCUACCAGAGCUGCUGUUGAAGAGGGUAUUGUCCCUGGUGGUGGCACUGCUUUGCUCAGGUGUAUAUCAAUCUUAGAUUCUGUAAAAACAGAAAACGAGGAUCAAAUUACUGGUGUAAACAUUGUGAGGAAGGCACUAAGAGUUCCUGCUCUGCAGAUUGCCCAGAAUUCUGGUGUCGAUGCUCAUGUGGUUGUUGAAAAGGUUCUCAACUCUGCUGGCGAUAUCGGAUAUGACGCUUUAAAUAAUGUAUACGUUAAUCUCAUUGAACAAGGAAUCAUUGAUCCAACAAAGGUUGUUAGGACUGCACUUGUGGAUGCCUCUGGUGUUGCCUCACUGCUUACCACUGCAGAAGCUGUUGUUGUAGACUUGCCCAAAGAAGAAAAAGAGAUGGGAGGUAUGGGUGGUGGCAUGGGAGGAAUGGGGGGCAUGGGUGGUAUGAUGUAAAUUUGUUACAUUAAGUUUUUAUCAGUCAUACCUUUAUAGCUGCAGUGGGAUUUUACAGAUUGUGUUCAAUA